UUGAUGCUUCAUUAAAAAGUCAAUAAACAAACUAUCACAUCAUAAAUAGAAUUAAUUCGAGAAAUUGAAGAUCUCACAAAUUUACAACUUAAUUAUCAUUAAUGUAUUAUAUAAUAAAAUAAAUAUCUAAACAAUUUGAGUAAAAUUACAAACAAUUUAGAUAAAACAGGACAAUAAUUAGUAUCAAGACGGAUCUGAUCGAAAAAAGUACUCAUAUCUAUCCGGUCUAACUCUGCCUAUCGGAUUAUACCUGACUCCUCCAAAACAAGUCAACCAGAUCGAGUAUUGCGAAUUCUAUUAAUUAAUAACUUCCUCCUCCCAAUUCCCAAAGCUAUUUCAACAAAAUUGGCGAUUUUUUCAAAAAAAAAAAAAACAUAAUUAGUGAUUAAUGGGUUUUCAAUAAUUAUUCUCAAUUCUUUCCACUAGAAAUAGAAAGAAUUUAGUCAGCUUUUCUUAACUAAUAUAAGUAUUUUUAAGUUAAUUAAAUUCUCCUCUAAACUCUCAAUCGAGCAACCAUUGGCCUUUGCAUUUGUGGGAGUGAGUCUCUCUCUCCCUUUCUCUUUCUCUCUAAUCAACACAGGUCCGGCAAACAUGGGUGUCGACGAAGGAAGAGAGAACCACCGUCCGGCGUCGGUGGCGACGCAUAUCUUCACGUACGGCACCCUGAAGACGGGAUUCUCCAAUCACGGCUUGAUUCAAGAUCUGAUGCGCUCAGGGGACGUUGCCUUCCGAUGCAAUUGCCGCACCGUCGAACCCCAUCCUCUCGUCUGCGGGCCCUACCGCGUCCCAUUCCUCCUCAACCUCCCCGGCGCCGCGGGCGCCGACCGAGUCUCCGGCGAGCUGUACGCCGUCUCCGCCCGAGGACUCGCCCGCCUGGACGAGCUCGAGGGCACGGAGCGCGGCCACUACGAGCGGCUGCCGAUCAAGGUGGAGCCCACGGCGGAGGACGGAGGAGGAGAGGAAAUAAUCGCCUGCGGCGGCGGCGUGGAGGCGUAUUUCGCGGAGAAAAGCUACGCGAUAGAGAUGUGGGAGAGGUGCGGGAAGAGAGGGUAUUGGGUGUACGGCGAGAAAGAGGCGAGAGGUUAUGUGAAGAGGAAAGAUCGGCCUCAGGAUCUGAGCUUUCUGGAGCAGAUUGAACAGUUCGUGUCUUCUUCCAGCUCUUCCGAUGACGACGAAUUCUGACCGGCGGGAUGUCUUGUACAUAGCUUGUGGUUUACCUGUAAGAAUCGUUGAAAAUUGGUUUCGCGAUUCCCACUCCGCCAUCGUCGUUGAUUUGCUUGGCGUGAAUUUGUAUUUUUGACUUGUUUGGUUGAGAUCUCCGAUUGGCUGCCGAGCUUGUCCGGCGGCCACUUUUUUAUAUAUAUUUCUUUUGGAUUUUUGACGGAGUCGGAAGCUUGAUGUUUCAUUGCUUUGUGUGAAAUUGCGAUAUGAUCGAGAUUUUCGCCAUGUUUGAGAUGCGCUUUUCUUUGAUUUCACCGAGACCUAAUUUCCCUCCGGUUCCCAAUAUUACCCAAUCUGUUUUCUAAUUUGAGGCUCCGCGGCGGCGGAAGCGGGCCUAGUGGAAGUGGUUACCGGAGCGGGGAGGAUGGCAACUUGGCAAGUAGGAAUGGACGAAUGGUAACGGGUUGGGUCAGGCGGUUAUAGACUCAUACCCGAUAUGUCGGGUUCAGAUUAGAUAAUUUAUUAUUGAGUGCAUAUUAUAAGACAGAGCUAUCUAAAUUGGUAUGUAAUUUAAAAAGAAAAUACUAGAAUAUUAAUUUUUUCAUAAAAGAAAAUCAAGAAACAAAUUGUAAAAUGAUAAAUAUAGUUAAAUUAUUUAAGAAAGUAAAAUUCUCACAACUUUAUUGUAGCUAAAUUAUGAUGUAAUAAAAGUAAAAUCCUAAACAACCCGAGUACAAUUAAAUGAAAUUUAGGCAAAAUGCAUAAAAAAUGGGGCGGGUCAGAUUGAGAAGAUUACACAUACCCGUUCUGUCCCGCUUAUGAGGUGGACAUUACUCGAAAACGGGUCAGGUCGAAAUUGACAUCCCUAACAAUAAGGAGAAGGAUGGUGAACUUUGUACACAUUUAUUUCACAUUUCUCGUAUGAGCAUAAGAAAAGUUAAGUAAGAAAAUAACCAAAACAAUAAGGUUUUUUUUAUGGUUAAUAAAAAAUUGUAUUGAAUGCCAGAGAGUUGCAACUCGCAAACCUCCCUCUCAAAGUGUCAACUUACAUCUUACAACCAUAAAAAAAAACUUGUGAUUAGACUAAAAUCAACUAUAACUAAGAUAAUGCCCCUAAUACUUUUUGUACUCUCAACUAGAAGGGUAUAUAGCUUUGUGUAAACACUUCAAGCUCCUUCAAAAGUUUAUGGGAAACUUGAGAUGGGGAGAGAGUUGCUGAGUUACCAUACAACCUGGCACACGUUUCUCUCCAUAUGAAGCUGACUCCAAUGACCUAUAAAAGUCUUCCAACAACAGCUUUGUCCAUUGAUUGCCCCACUUUUCCUCUGCCCAAGCCAACUGCGCACUCCAGUCUCCAAAAUCAGGCCACCUAAAAAGGAUCUCGAUGCUGCACGCUCCUGAUCACUUGUUUAGGAAGGGGACAACAAGUGUGAGAUUGGAGGGAAGGGAGGUAGUUGGUGAUGUCGUGAAAAUGAAGUUAGUACCAUACAAGAGAGAUGGGUAGGUGUUUAGGAAAAUAAAAGGAAUUAAAUUUUAUUUUUUAAUAGUUGUGAAUGAGGCGGAAAAUUUAAAAGAUUCAAUUUUAUUUAUUUUUAUUUUUUAAUUGCAAAGUAAAUUAUUUAAGUGCCA